GAAAUGUAACGUUCAAUUCAUCAGAUGUCUGUCUGUCCUGACCUAUACAAUGCACUAUGCUAUCAGUAACACAAAAGGAUACAACAAGCAGGAUUUAAUGAAACCCAAGGAUAACAGCAGCAGCAACAGCAGUAAAACAAAAACAACCCCAUAUGCACGAGAUAAAUGAAAUGGUGGGAAACUAACUGGCAAAGUGUUUCCCACGAUAUUCGACUGCAUAGUUUGGCUACCUGUCUCCCUAUUGUGCAUUACAAAUCGAAACCACCAUCAUCAUUGUCAUACCAGAUCCGCCAACAACCACCACCAUCAUCAUUCUUUCAAAGCAGCAGUUGAAACAACCCCUAAAAUUGUGAACACACAACAAACUCCAAGUUGGGAUCGUAGCACGCUCUCUCUGGAUUUCUUUGAGCCAGAGAGUGUGCCUUAAGGAUUCUCUUUGGUUUUCUUACUCUCCAUAUAUCUCAUGUCUCUCCCUGUGCCAUUGUUGUUACUUCGGUGGUACGUGUGUUGAGCACGAGUUGUGUGAGUUGGUUCUGGGACACGUGUGGGUAUAUAAGCCCGACCUUACUCCAGAGCAACCAUCAUUCUCAGUUAAGUCGUUGUAGAACGAACACCACAAGAAGUUUAUUUCUAAAAGAAAAACUAAAGAACAAAAUCUACAAAAAAAAAAUGGCCAGCAAAUACGAAAUGUCCAAAACCUAUCAAUACCGUAAAGUGAUGAAACCUCUAUUGGAACGCAAACGCCGUGCCCGCAUCAACAAGUGCUUGGAUGACCUUAAAGAUCUCAUGUCGGAAUGUUUCAAACAAGAAGCCGCCGGUGAUGGUACACAGAAAUUCGAAAAAGCCGAUAUUUUGGAAGUCACCGUUCAACAUUUACGCAAAUUGAAGGCCCAGAAACAACAGACGGCUCAAAACAAUCUCAGUUCCCAGCAGAGUUUCCGUUCCGGUUACAUUCAAGCUGCCAAUGAAGUGUCUCGCUGCAUGGCUACCUUGCCGAAUAUUGAUGUGGCCUUUGGCACCAAACUAAUGACUCAUUUGGGUUUGCGUCUAAGUCAAUUGGAAUCACCUCAGGAACAACCAUUGGCCGUUAGCACUCCAUUGUCCGUUACCUGUGCCAGUUCCCAGUCAACAGCCGCCUCUGCCAUGUACAGUCCAGUGUCAAGUGGUUAUGCCAGUGAUUGUGAUUCAUCCUUGUCCUCCUCAUCAUCCUCAUCUCGCUCCCGUUCGCCAACUCUGGCACAAAAACAAGGAUUACUACAAGUCAGCACAAAUGCUCCUGUGUGGCGUCCAUGGUAAUCCAUCCAUCAAUCAAUCAAUUGAUCAACACCAUUGAACACCAGCAGUGCUUUACCGUUCUUCCAUAAAUGUUAAACGAUCUCGUUUUUUUUUAAUAGUUUUUAAGUUCAUUAACUAAUUUUCGUAAUUGAUUGCUUUAUUAUUUUGUAAUUUUAAUUAUUUUUGUUAAAUUAUUAUCUAAGGAUAUUCAACACUAGCGAACAAAAGAAGAUUGUUUGAGUAGCUUUAUUAGUUUAAUUCAACUGUGAUAGGGUCUCGUUUGUUUUGGAAUUUUUCAAAAUAAACAAAAUUUCAGUUUAUUGUCAAAAUAGAUUUGAAAGAGUAUUGAACUAUUUUAAUGCCCGAAAAGAAGAAAUUGAGAAAAAAAAAAAACAAAAGAUACAAGAAAACAACUAUAAUUUGAAAACAUAAACAA